AUGCCACCAAAAAGAGCAGUUUCAACGUCAACUACCGAAAAAGUGAUAGGCAAAAAGGUUAAACGUGGUAUUAGUAAUGAAAGUAAUAAUGCCAAAGAAAGUCGAAAUGCAAAUAACGCUUCUUCACUAGCAUCACCUUCUCCAUCAACAGUUACCGACACAACUUCUCAAAAAGAAAAAUUAUCCUUUAUAGGAAAUUGUGUUAUGUGGUUCAGAACCGAUUUACGACUAAAAGACAACCGAGCGCUAUCUCUAGCCUCAAAACAUGCGACAAAACAAAACAAGAACUUAUUCGCGCUCUAUAUUAUAUCACCACAAGAAUGGAAAGCGCAUGAUGUGGCACCGAUACGCGUUGAUUUUUGGUUACGUAACUUAGUGAGUUUGCAGGAUAAACUUGAGGAAUUGAAUAUUCCAUUAAUUGUGCGUACGGUUAACUUACGAAGGAAUGUGCCUUCGACGGUUAUUGAAUAUUGUAAGGCUGUUAAUGUCAGUCAUCUUUUUGCUAAUAUAGAGUACGAGAUCAAUGAGUCUAGGCGUGAUAAAAAAGUUUGUUCGCUCGCUGAGCAUAGUGAUAUUGUUGUUUCAUUAGAGCAUGAUCAAUGUAUUAUCCCUCCUGGAUUAGUAUUGACAAAGCAACAAAAACCAUACACUGUGUAUACUCCAUUCAAGAAAUCAUGGUUAGCUAUCGUAGGAAGCGGACCAAAAUAUCUAGAAUUAUCUCCGAACCCUGCGCCAAAUAACGAAUUAAUACGCGAACAAUAUGCGUCAGGGUUCAAUACGAAAAUACCAGAAUUCGUAGAAGGCUUUCAAAUAUUGACAGCUCAAUCCAAGAGAGCUUCUACUGAAUUCCCAGCAGGUGAAGAUGCCGCCCAUCAACGUCUACAAACAUUCAUCUCGGGACGAAUAGAAAAUUACAAAGAAGCACGAAACAUUCCCAGCAUAGAUGGUACCUCUUCUUUAUCUGCGUAUUUUGCUGCGGGCGUCAUAUCUGCAAGACAAUGUGUAGUUGCUGCGCGUGCCGCUAACAAGAAUAAACUCCAAUGUGGAAAUAUUGGUAUAACUACGUGGAUUGAAGAAAUCGCGUGGCGUGAUUUCUAUCGUCAUGUUCUUGUUGCUUUUCCGUAUGUUUGUAUGAACCGUCCUUAUAAAUUGGAAACGGAAAAUAUUGAGUGGAAUAAUGAUCCGGCGAGGCUACGUAGAUGGUGUGAAGGUAAAACAGGGUAUCCUAUUGUCGAUGCAGGCAUGCGACAACUCAAUGAAACAGGUUGGAUGCAUAAUCGUGUGCGUAUGAUUACUGCCAUGUUUUUGACAAAAGAUUUAUUGGUAAAUUGGCAAGAUGGCGAACGAUAUUUCAUGCAACAUCUAAUAGACGGCGAUUUCGCAAGUAAUAAUGGUGGUUGGCAAUGGUGUGCUUCAACAGGAACGGAUGCACAGCCAUGGUUUAGGAUCUUCAAUCCAACACUUCAAUCGCAAAAGUUUGACCCGAAUGGUGACUACAUAAGAAAAUGGGUCCCAGAAUUAAGUUCACUGGGUCCCAAUGAAAUUCAUGAUCCUUCUGGGUCACUCUCACCCAAACGAUUUGCUAAGUUGAAAUAUACUACUCCUAUAGUAGACCAUAAAACGGCGCGUGAAAAAACACUCGAAAUCUAUAAAGCUGUUACGAAAGGUGGUGGCGCUAGUAGUGGUGGAACAAAGACUUAUAAAUUAAAUUAA